UGAUAACACCACUGCCCUGCCCCAUCUUAUUUUUUCUUCCACCAGACUGCACGCCCCUCCUCCUUCCCCACCCCCGUCCGUCAAAGCGAGAGCUCCGUAUCACCGGCCUUUCCCCUCCGAUCCGCGCCCAAAGAUACCUUUUUUCCCCUCUCGCGCCGCUGUUUUGCGACCAUGGCGGCGGAGGGGGAGGCCAAGAACCCGUCGGGCGGCGGCGGAGGCGGAGGGGAUAACCCCCAAGAGGCGGCAGCGGCGGCGAGGGAGGAAGCCGGAGGGCAAGGGACAGGCCAAGGACAGGAGGGGGAGAAGGCGGAUGGAGAGGGGAAGGUCGGCGGCGGCGAAGCGGGGGAGAAGGAUGACGGCGUGUGCAGAGAUCUGGUCCUUGUCGAGGAUCCGGAGGUGGUUGCCGUCGAGGAUCCGGAGGAAGCCUCAGCGACCGCAGCACUUCAGGAAGAAAUGAAAGCACUCGUGGCGACGAUCCCUGAUGGUGCUGGGGCUGCAUUCACUGCAAUGCAACUUCAGGAGCUGGAGCAGCAGUCCCGGGUGUAUCAGUACAUGGCUGCCCGUGUACCCGUGCCUACCCAUCUCGUCUUCCCUAUAUGGAAGAGUGUGACUGGUGCAUCCUCUGAAGGUGCCCAGAAGUACCCUACAUUGAUGGGCUUGGCAACACUCUGCUUGGACUUUGGGAAGAAUCCAGAGCCCGAACCAGGGAGGUGCCGGCGAACAGAUGGUAAAAAGUGGCGAUGUUGGAGAAAUACUAUCCCAAAUGAGAAAUACUGUGAGCGCCAUAUGCAUCGUGGUCGCAAGCGUCCUGUACAGCUUGUUGUCGAGGAUGAUGAGCCUGAUUCUGCAUCAGGAUCCAAAUCUACACCUGGCAAGGCCACCGAAGGUGCCAAGAAGAUUGAUGACAAGGGCUCAAGUAGCAAGAAGCUUGCAGUGACUGCACCAGCUGCUGUGGAGUCAACAUAAUUGAUGCAGCAUUAGUAGAUGCAGAAAGAGCAUAACAGCGCUGUCAACUAGCAUUCGCUUAUUGUAAUCCUCGAAAGACUGUAGUGUCGUCUAGCUAUAACCUCAUUGAGCAAGCAAAGUGUCUGGAAGAAAGCCACAAGAACUUCCCUUUAGCUGUGUCACUGAAAUGUUCACUUUAGAUGUAUAGUUUGAUUUAGCUUUGUCGUGCCUUUGGCCUUCAGGUAGGCGAUGCGUCAUGAUCUGAUAAAUCCUCCCUGACUAACAAUAUCGCAUUGUGAGCCCAAGAAGCCGAUGGAAGAAUCAGUGAGACUAGAUACUGCACUAUUAGAUGUGCAUCUUUAUUGGCCUGCACAAUUGUGUCAUUUGUCAGUUGUAUAACAAGCAGAAGAUUCAUAAUUUUAUGCCUUUUGGAGAUUCAGUUACCUCCUGGAUGUCUAAGAUUCAAA